GAGGAGGAGGAGGAGAAGGCCGGUGCCGGCGGGGGGAUUUAAGGGCUCGCGGGGGCCCCGGCCCCGUCCUCUGCGCCGGAGCCAAGCAGGGCCGCGCGCCCCACGCCGGGCUGCGGGCGCGGAGAGGCCCCGGACGUCCCCGCGCGCGAAGCCCCCGCGGGACACGGCCGUGCAGCAGGGACCCCGCGAGCCGCCCUCGCCCACUGCCGUCCCCCGCCGCGCCGGGGCGCGAUGAAGGCUCUCCUCCUCGCCCUCGUGGCCGAGCUGUGCCUGGCCUCGCUGGCGCCCGAGAAGGAGCAGGACCCCGAGUACUGGCGGCGGCAGGCCCAGGCGGCCCUGCGCGAUGCCCUGCGCCUCCAGCGCCUCAACCAGAACGUGGCCAAGAACCUCCUCCUCUUCCUCGGCGACGGCAUGGGGGUCUCCACCGUCACGGCCGCCCGCAUCCUCAAGGGGCAGCUGCAGCACGGGCAGGGCGAGGAGAGCCAGCUGGAGAUGGACAAGUUCCCCUACGUCGCCCUCUCCAAGACCUACAACACCAACGCGCAGGUGCCCGACAGCGCCGGCACCGCCACCGCCUACCUGUGCGGCGUCAAGGCCAACGAGGGCACCGUGGGCGUCAGCGCCGGCGUCACCCGCGACCAGUGCAACACCACCAAGGGCCGCGAGGUCACCUCCAUCCUCCGCUGGGCCAAGGACGGAGGCAAGUCGGUGGGCAUCGUCACCACCACGCGGGUGACCCACGCGACGCCCAGCGCCGCCUACGCCCACUCGGCCAACCGCGACUGGUACUCGGACGGCGAGAUGCCCCCGGACGCGCUGGAGGGCGGCUGCAAGGACAUCGCCCGGCAGCUGGUGGAGAACAUCCCCGACAUCGAGGUGAUCCUGGGCGGCGGGCGCAAGUACAUGUUCCCCAAAAACGCCAGCGACGUGGAGUACCCGGGCGAGGAGCGGCACCGCGGCACCCGCCUGGACCGCCGCGACCUCGUCCAGGCCUGGCGCGACAGCAAGCCGCCCGGCGCGGUCGCCCGCUACGUGUGGCACCGGCGGGAGCUGCUGGCGCUCAACCUCAGCCGCGUCGACUUCCUCCUGGGCCUCUUCGAGCCGGGUGACAUGGUCUACGAGCUGGACCGCAACAACGAGACGGACCCGUCGCUCACCGAGAUGGUGGCCGUGGCCAUCCGGAUGCUGCAGAAAAACCCCCGGGGGUUUUUCCUCCUGGUGGAAGGGGGCCGUAUCGACCACGGGCACCACGAGGGCAAGGCCAAGCAGGCGCUGCACGAGGCGGUGGAGCUGGACCGCGCCGUGGGGCUGGCGGCCCGGCUCACCUCGCCGCGCGACACCCUCACCGUCGUCACCGCCGACCACUCGCACGUCUUCACCUUCGGCGGCUACACCCCCCGCGGCAACCCCAUCUUCGGUCUGGCGCCGAUGCAGAGCGACGUGGACCGCAAGCCCUUCACCGCCAUCCUCUACGGCAACGGCCCCGGCUACAAGAUGGUGGCGGGCGAGCGGGAGAACGUCUCCACCGUGGACUUCGCCCACGCCAACUACCAGGCGCAGGCGGCGGUGCCGCUGCGGCAGGAGACGCACGGCGGCGAGGACGUGGCCGUCUUCGCCAAGGGCCCCAUGGCCCACCUGCUGCACGGCGUCCGCGAGCAGAACUACAUCCCGCACGCCAUGGCCUACGCCGCCUGCAUCGGCCCCAACCGGGCGCACUGCGGCGGUGCCGCUGCCGCCGCCGCGCCGGCCCCGCGCUCCCUGGCCUUCCUCGCCGCCCUCCUCCUCCUCCCGCUGCUCCGCUGAGCGCUGGCCGCUCCCGCCGGCCGCCCGCAACGUGGUUUUCCUGCCCUGUCAUUAGCAUCGCUCCGCUCCCCCCGCUCCGGCCCUCGGGGAGCGCGGGGUGGGGGGGGGGGUGAAAAAAAGAAAAAAAGAAAAGAAAAAAGGAAAAAAAGCCCCCGGGCCAUGCACGAGCUGGCGAUGCUCCGGCCCCCCGGCGCGGAAGGAAGCCGAGGUGAAUGCAAGGAAACGCGGUGGCCGGGGGGCGGCAGGGCCGGUGGCGUGGGAGCGGGGGGGGCGCAGUGGGGGGCUCCAAUGGCCCAUUCGCGGGGUGGGGGAGGCAGGAAGGAUCCGGCCGCCGCCUCCUCCGACAUCAAAACCCUCCUGUUCGCAAGCGGCCCCCUGUGCAAAUAGUGACCCCCCCCCCAACUUGCAAACCACUGCCUGUGCAAAUAGCAACCCCCCCAUUUGCAAACCACUCCCUGCGCGUGCAAAUACCAACCCCCCCGUUUGCAAACCGCACUAUGUGCGUGCAAAUAGCACCCCCCCGCUUGCAAACCGCUCCCUGUGCAAAUACCACCCCCCCCUUGCAAACUUCUCCCCGUGUGUGCAAAUAGCACCCCCCCGCUUGCAAACAGCCCGCCACACUUGCAAAUAGCACCCCCAGUUGCAAACGACACCCCCCCGCAUGCAAAUAGCGUCCCCCCUUUGCAAACCGCUCCCUGUGUGUGCAAAUAGCACCCCCCCAUUUGCAAAUGGCCCGCCACACUUGCAAAUGGCACCCCCAGUUGCAAAUGACACCCCCUGCAUGCAAAUAGCACCCCCCCCCAGUUGCAACGGGCCCCCCCAUGCAUGCAAACGGCACCCCUGGUUGCAAACACCUCCCUGUGCAAAUAGCACCCCGCCAGCUGCAAAGGGCACCCUGCGCGUGCAAAUCGCCCCAUCCAUGUGCAAAGGGCACCCUGAGCGUGCAAAUCGCCCCCCCCACGCGUGCAAACGGACCCCCCCCCUGCUUGCAAACCAGGCCCUGCGUGUGCAAAUCACACCCCGCGUUUGCAAACCGGCCCCUGCGUGUGCAAUCGCUGCCCUUGCACACGCAACCGCUGCCCUUGCACGCGCAGUCGCUGCCCUUGCACACUUGCCCCCCCCCCCGCCGGCCGGUGCCCGCUGCGGGCGGCCGCGAGGGGCUGGCGCGGCCCUUUUCGGCGACGCUGCCCGGCGCCUGCGGCCCCCGCGGCCCCCGGUAUUUAUUUCCUCGCCCCCCGCGCGGGCCGGCGGCACGGGGCCAGGAGCCGCGGCCCUGGCAAGCCCGGCGCCCGCCGGAGCCAACGCAGAGCGAGGGGUUUUUUGUAAAGCCCCUUUUUUUUGCAAUUUCUUUUUUUUCCCCCUUUUUUUGGAAUUUCUCGUUUUUUCCCCUUUUUUUGGGAAUUUCUCUUUUUCCCCUUUUUUCCCCUUCCGGCGGGGGGGCACCCGCGGGUGCCGCAGCAGCGUCGCCGUUCGGUAGCAAUAAAUAGAUCUUUAUUUUA